AUGCGCCUGGACACUGAUCAGCUGGAGCUCCUGAGCCGCCCCUCAGCAGAGUCCAGUGACCUCACACUGCUGAGGAAGCUGCGCUGCCUGCGCCUGCGGGUGCCGUACCUGUCGCGCCGCGCCCUGUGGCUGGAGGUGGCGGCGCUGCCCGGCCUAACAGAGCUGCGCGUGGACGUCGCGCGGUGCGCGCCGGGCAGCAGGUUCCACCUGCGGGACGCCCUGGUGCCCCUCAGCUGCCUGCCCGGCCUGCGGACGCUGCACCUGGCUGGCUUCCACUCGCUGUGUGACAG